CCGCGCCGCCCUCUCCCGGGUCGGGGGUCCCGCCGGGAGGGGGCGUCGAGCCGUGGGGAGGAGGCCGCGGCGCCGGCACAGAGGCGAGGGCGCCGGCUCCCCCCGGCCGCUGCGCUGCGCUGCGGCGCGCAGGGGCUCCGCCGGCUGCUAUUCCGGCUGGCGGCGGUCGCCGCAGGAAGGGCCGGUUCCUGCGCUCCCCCGCCCCUUCCCUCGCCUUCUGACGCCGACGUCGGACCAGGGAGCCGGAGGGACGCUCCGACCACCGCCGCGAGGCUCCUGGGGGCCGGGGCUCCGAGGUUAUAAUAUAACUUAUCCUCUCAUGCUUUUUCCCUGUCCCUUCUCCCCAAAUCAUCAACAGUAGAAAAAGAAGAAAACAUGUCAGGACACAAGUGCAGUUAUUCCUGGGACUUACAGGAUCGAUAUGCUCAAGAUAAGUCCGUUGUAAAUAAGAUGCAACAGAAGUAUUGGGAAACGAAGCAAGCCUUUAUUAAAGCCACAGGGAAGAAAGAAGACGAACAUGUUGUUGCUUCUGAUGCAGACCUGGACGCCAAGCUGGAGCUGUUCCACUCAAUUCAGAGAACCUGUUUGGACUUGUCUAAAGCGAUUUUACUUUAUCAAAAGAGGAUAUGUUUCUUGUCUCAAGAAGAAAAUGAAUUGGGAAAAUUUCUCCGAUCCCAAGGCUUCCAAGACAAAACCAGAGCAGGGAAAAUGAUGCAAGCAACAGGAAAGGCCCUCUGCUUUUCUUCCCAGCAAAGGUUGUCCUUGCGAAAUCCUUUAUGUCGAUUUCACCAAGAAGUGGAGACUUUUAGGCAUCGAGCCAUUUCAGAUACCUGGCUGACCGUGAACCGCAUGGAACAGUGUCGGACAGAAUACAGAGGAGCGUUAUUAUGGAUGAAGGACGUGUCUCAGGAGCUUGAUCCAGACCUCUACAAGCAAAUGGAGAAGUUCAGGAAGGUGCAAUCACAAGUGCGCCUUGCAAAAAAAAACUUUGACAAAUUGAAGAUGGAUGUGUGUCAAAAAGUGGAUCUUCUUGGAGCAAGCAGAUGCAAUCUCUUAUCUCACAUGCUAGCAACAUACCAGACUACUCUGCUUCAUUUUUGGGAGAAAACUUCUCACACAAUGGCAGCCAUCCAUGAGAGCUUCAAAGGUUACCAGCCAUAUGAAUUCACUACAUUAAAGAGCUUACAAGACCCUAUGAAAAAGCUAGUUGAGAAAGAAGAAAAGAAGAAGGUCACCCAGCUGGAAAGCACAGACACAGCUGCACGGGAGCCGAGUCAGUUAAUUUCAUUAGAGGAUGAAAACCAGCGCAAGGAACCUUCUAGUUCUAAAACUGAAGAUGGAAAAGGUGUUUCAUCAGCCUUAGACAAAAGCUCUACACGUGGUGCACACUCAGGACCUAUAGAUGAACUAUUAGACAUGAAACCUGAGGCAGGUGCUUGCCUGGGCCCAGUGGCCGGGGCCCUGGAACCCGAAGGUGCUGACAAAGAUGACCUGCUGCUGUUGAGUGAGAUCUUCAAUGCUUCCUCUCUGGAAGAGGGCGAGUUCAGCAAAGAGUGGGCUGCCGUGUUUGGAGACGGCCAGCUGAAGGAGCCAGCACCGACAGCGGCCCCAGGAGAGCUGGACCCCAAGCCUCACACGGGCUCAGGCUUCCUUCCUUCACAACUGUUAGACCAAAAUAUGAAAGACUUACAGGCCUCCCUACCAGGCUGGUCAGAGAGCAAGGUCAAUCCUCCUCCUACUCCAUGGCCAGCAUCAAAGACAACCAGUCCAAAUGAAAACAGCUCUGCAGUAAAAGACCCUGCAAAGGCUGCCUCAGACCUGACUGCCUGGUUCAGCCUCUUCGCUGACCUCGACCCACUAUCAAAUCCUGAUGCUAUUGGGAAAACUGAUAAAGAACAUGAAUUGCUCAACGCAUGAGUCUGCAGCCUUUGGGAGGCAGCCCACUAGCUGCUCCUCAGCCGCUGACCUGGGGGCCAGCAGAAAUAUAAAGUGAUCAGUAUGCUGUUUUAAUAUUUAUGUGCCAUUUUAAUAAAAUGAAGGGGUCAAAGGCCCUAUUUAUAUUGGUA